AUGGCACAGGAUGGCACUUACUUCGUGAGCAAGAAGGAUCUUUUGCAAUGGAUCAAUUCAACUUUGGACCUGAACAUCACGAAGAUUGAGCAGGUGGACUACAAUGCCAAGACCGAGUACGACGCAGUGAACAACUACAAGGUCCUCCAAGCAGCUUUACUCAAGCUUGGGGUGGACAAGCCUGUGGAUGUGAACAAGCUGGUGAAGGGGCGGCCACUGGACAACAUGGAGUUCAUGCAGUGGUUCAAGGCCUACUGGGACUCGCGCCUGGGAAGCCAGCACCUGAACUACGACGCCGUCAGCCGUCGCAGCCAUGCCAAGUCAGGCGCACCCAAAGGCGCCGGCCUCAAGCCUGCUAGUCAAGCCAUCUCCCGCCGUCCCACAGAGCCCCAGGUGUCGACGCCGAUGGGCCGGGGUGCGGACAUGCGGAGGCCGGCAGUGCCGAAGGAGAAUCUGCACGCGCAGUCGACCGGCAGCACGGCCGGCAGCAAGGCGGCCGCCGCCCUCCGGCAGCGCAGCAAUGGACAUGACAGCAGCCUGCUGUCGGAGCUGCAGGUGACAGCGGCGACGCAUCUGGAGGAGAGGGAGUUCUACUUUGCCAAGCUGCGCGACAUCGAGGUGCUCUGCCAGAUGGACGAAAUCAAAAACCAACCGCUGGUGCCCUUCAUUGAGAGGGUGCUGUAUGCAACGGACAAUGCGGCAGCAGAGGAUGCAAUGGAAGAGGCACGAGCCACUUUCGCCCAGUGA